UCCUAAACUAAAUGGAGAUUUUUUUUGUCCUUGGGGAUUUGCUUGUGAUUAAAUGCUUCUCCAGUUGUCUGUUCAGCAUUUCAUAGUCCAGAGGGUGUUGAAGGCAAAUCUUGCCCUAUGCUUUCAUUGAUUUAAAAAAAGCAGCAACCUCUAUCAAGACAGCAUUAGUGAGUGGACAGGACAAGUCUAGGUAAAAUGAGGGCAAGUCUUUUCUGUUGAUUAAAAAAGGAACUUGCAUCGUUUAGCAUGACAUACCUGACAGUUACUUCCAGGACUGGGCUGUCCUAAAUGCUUCUUGGUACACUCCUCUUAACCUCUGUCCUGCAUAAGACAAAAAGUAAUAUAUCUGCCAAUACCCAGCAAUCAUCCAGGCUUGAACUCUAUCAGGGCUCUGUGAUCUUUAAACCAAGUGUUGGAACUGAAAGCCAGGAUCGCUGCCAGGAGUCAUGCAAGUCUCAAUAGCCUGCACAGAACAUAACUUGAAGAGCCGGAAUGGGGAUGACAGACACAGCAAGCAGAACUCAAGUGGCCCCAAUGUAGUAAAUGCUGCCAGAGCCAGGUUCCGCACUGUAGCCAUCAUUGCGCGCAGUUUGGGAACAUUUACCCCGCAACACCAUAUAUCUUUAAAGGAAUCAACUGCAAAGCAAACUGGCAUGAAAUAUAGGAAUCUUGGUAAAUCUGGCCUGAGAGUAUCAUGCUUAGGACUUGGAACUUGGGUCACUUUUGGAGGCCAAAUAUCUGAUGAGGUGGCUGAGCAGCUAAUGACCAUUGCUUAUGAGAAUGGUGUAAACCUCUUUGACACGGCUGAGGUUUAUGCAGCUGGAAAGGCAGAAGUGAUACUGGGAAACAUAAUCAGGAAGAAAAACUGGAGGAGAUCAAGUUUGGUCAUAACUACCAAGUUAUACUGGGGAGGAAAAGCUGAGACGGAGAGAGGACUAUCAAGAAAACACAUUAUUGAAGGAUUAAAGGGCUCUCUCCAGAGACUGCAACUGGAAUAUGUGGAUGUUGUAUUUGCAAACCGUCCAGAUAAUAAUACUCCCAUGGAAGAAAUUGUCCGGGCGAUGUCUUACCUGAUCAACCAGGGGAUGGCAAUGUACUGGGGUACUUCACGCUGGAGUGCAAUGGAAAUUAUGGAAGCAUAUUCUGUAGCAAGACAAUUCAACCUAAUCCCACCAGUAUGUGAGCAAGCUGAAUAUCACCUUUUCCAAAGAGAGAAAGUGGAAGUUCAGCUACCAGAGCUCUACCACAAAAUUGGGGUUGGUGCAAUGACUUGGUCUCCACUAGCUUGUGGUAUUAUUUCUGGCAAAUAUGAAAAUGGAGUCCCUGAAACCACACGAGCCUCAUUAAAGUGCUACCAGUGGUUAAAGGACAAAAUAUUAAGUGAAGAAGGCAGGAAGCAGCAAGCUAAACUUAAAGAUUUGACACCAAUUGCAGAGCGUCUUGGGUGUACCCUCCCCCAGCUUGCUGUAGCAUGGUGUCUGAGGAACGAAGGAGUGAGUUCUGUCCUGUUGGGUUCAUCUAAUCCAGAACAACUGGUAGAAAACCUGGGAGCUAUACAGGUUCUUCCAAAGAUGACAUCUCACAUUGUGAAUGAAGUGGACAAUAUUUUGGGGAAUAAACCGUACAGCAAAAAGGAUUACAGAUCAUAACAUGCUGCAUGAAAAAAAUGGAAUGCAUGGCUAUAAUAGUGCCCUGUAUAUAGUUCUGGACCAUUAUAUAUUUCUAGACUGGAUUUUCCAGUUACCUGCUAUAGUAUAUCUCAUAACUGGGGUUGCAACCACUAAAUACCUUGACCUAAAAGCACAUAAACUCCGUAACCUUGAAAA